AUGGCGUCUGUGAAUGUUCAGCAAAGUAUUAUUUCUGCUCUCUGGAAACGCCUCUCUUUGGAUCCCGAAUCAAAAUAUUCGGCUGCGCUUGAAAAUGAUAAUGAGUUUAUGAAAUGGGCCGGAUUUGUUGACAAGUUUGUUGCGAACUCUGAGACGCCCUUUAAGGCUCUUAGUGAGUUGAAUGAAGAAUUGGUUACAAAGUCUGUUCUUCUGGGCAAUGGAUUGAAACCAUCCGCAGCUGAUGCUAUUGUCUUCUCAGCAAUACAUUCGAAUGUGAUUAGUCUUUCAAGUUCUGACAGAGCAAAGUUGCCACACUUGUUGAGAUGGAUGGAUUACAUACAGAACAAGGAGGCAUUUGCAAAACAAUUUGAAACAGUUUUGAUUGAGAAGACCCAAUUUGUUCCUCAGGCGGUAAAAACUGUAAAGAAGGUUGAAGACUCCAAUGCAAAGAAAACUGUCCCAGAGACAACAGAUUCUAGUAAUUCAGAAAAGGUGGACUUAAAAGAAAAGAAGCCUGCUGAUUUGAAGAAAAAAUCUGAAGAAGUUAGUCAAGCUGCUGUAGACAAGAAAAAACUACCUGAAAAGGAGGUAGACAAGAAAGAAGAAGAACUUAGUGUCAGUCUGCUCAAAAUACAGAUUGGUUUGAUUCGUAAAGCAUGGAAACAUCCGUCAGCUGACAGUUUGUUGGUUGAGGAAAUAGAUAUUGGAGAAGCAAAAUGUAGACAAGUGGUCAGUGGCCUAGCAAAAUAUUGUACUCCAGACCAGCUAACGAAUCGCAGUGUGGUACUUAUAACAAAUGUGAAACCUGGAAAAUUACGCGAUGUGAUGUCAGAAGGACUGGUUUUAUGUGCUUCUAAUCAAGAUCACACUGUUGUUGAGCCUCUAAUCGCUCCAAAAGGGGCUGAAAUUGGGGAACGUGUUAAAUUUUCUGGACACGACGGAAAGCCAGAAGAUGUUCUUAAUCCCAAAAAGAAACAAUUGGAUAAGAUAACUCCGCAUCUUUCCACUGAUGGCACUGGAGUCGCGACGUUCAAAGGUAUCCCGUUCAUGACUUCAUCUGGACCGUGCGCUUCAACCAUUCCCAAUGCCAGUAUCAAGUGA